GACCACGGACUGGCAAAGCCAACAUUUACGUGGAAUUUCUGGGGUUGCUGACAACAUGCAAAUCCUGAUGUCACCUGCCCGAAGCUGUUGUGCCCUGGCCAUCCUGCUGGCAAUUGUGGACUUCCAAUGUGGUGGGUGCAUCCAUGUCACCAGCUCAGCAUCCCAGAGAGGAGGGCAACUGGACUUCACCUGUACUCUGUGGCACAAGAAGGAUGAAGCUGAGGGACUAAUGCUCUUCUGGUGCAAAGACAGGUCUUGGGACUGCUCCCCCGAGACCAGCUUAGAACAGCUAAGGGUUAAAAGGGAUCCUGGGACAGAUGGCAUCACUGAACAGUCAUCUCAGUUGGUGUUCACCAUAGAACAAGCCACACCAUCGGACAGUGGGACCUACCAGUGCUGUGCCAGAAGCCAGAGGCCAGAAAUCUACAUCCAUGGUCAUUUUUUCUCUGUUCUAGUCACAGGGAACCACACCGAGAUAAGCCAGAGUCAGAAGCAGCACCCUGGCUUCAGCCAUAUUGAGAGCACUCUCAGUUCGGGCUUCCCGCAAGCAGAGGCCUGGGGGGUGAUGGUCACCAGCCUGGUGGCCCUUCAAGCCUUCUUUGAACGGAUGAACACACUGAUUGCUAACCUACACCUAGAUCCUCUGUACACAGCUCUCAGCUGGUUCCGCCUGCUUCUUGGGUUUUGA